UUAUUGGAACUAGAAAAAAAGUUUGGUCCCUCGUUGGAUUUCAGCGGUGGAGUGAGCCCAAGUUUCCAUCAGAAACCCUUUCUUGUGUUUGUGGAACUCUAAUUCCUAAUACCUCUAUCCUCAUGAGCAGUCCACCGUGCACAGUACCAACACUGAAGAUGUCCUCCGUCGUACCCAUCUGCCGUCCUGUUCUUCUUAGGCGAAGGAGGCCCCUUCGCGUUCUACAGAAUAGCGUCUCUGGAACCAAAUUCUUGGAUACUCGCCGGCUUCCUUAUAGAUGGGAAUAUAUCAGUAAAUAUGAAUCCUUUAGUCCUCGAGGCCUGAAACGAGCAGCAUCAGUGACUAACCGGCAGACCCAUUACACCUUUGAAGACGACGAAUCUGAGUUCGAACCAUUUUGGUCUUUCCUAAUCAAGGAAACAUAUCGGUAUUUGAGAUCGCUGCUUCAAUUUCUGGUAGACCAGCCUGGUGAAUUAAGAUACUUAGAAUGGCCAUCGUUUAAGAGCACGCUGAAGACUGCAAUCCUUACACUUGUGCUUGUUGCCCUGCUCAUCGUAGCACUGUCAUCAAUCGAUGCUGCUCUGUGGUAUUUGUUGGCGUUGAUCCUCCGAAGGGCUGCUUGAUUUGCUACUGACUUCGUGCCAAGGCUAAUUUUGGUUUCUUUGACAUAACAUGAUACCACCAUACCCAGCUUCAUCUGCUGCGGCUACAGGCUGAUACUCUCUUGAGUUCCAGAUAAGGUUAAAGUAAUCUUCUAAAAUAGUUAUUACUGAUGGUCAGGACCUUGGUUUCCAGUUUCAGAAAUUGUCAACUCAUGUGCCAAAUCGAGAGUCCAGCUUCGUCCAGUUUGCAGUGAUUAUAGUUAACAGUGUGGGCGGUGAUGUAGAUCUGAGCAUUUGAUCGAGCCAAUGUAUAAAGCUCAUGUGUGUACCAUCUUCAGACUACACGCAGCACGCUGCUAGAUCUCUUCAGGUUUUUUUACUUACCCUUGUCGAAUGGGUGCUGACCAAAAACUUGGCAGAUCAAUGACAGAAAUUUGGAUGCA